UCCUUUGUGUGUGGCUUUUGCUUCCAGGGAUUCAAAAGAGAGUGCUAAGAAUGUUCCUGCUUUGGUCAAGACUGGUGUUCCUGCCCAUCCUUCUAGGGGUGGUGUAUGCAGCUCCCACCUUAGAUGGAGAUGGAAAACAGCACCCUGAGGAGAUAGUUCUAAGUUUUCCCAAAGAUGAAGCCAGCCUGAGUGAGAUGUUCCGUGAAGUGGAAGAGUUGAUGGAGGAUACUACGUACAAGCUGAGGAAUGCAGUUGAAGAGAUGGAGGCAGAAGAAGGUGGUUCUAAAGAGAUAACAGUUGAUUUUGACCAGCUUCCUCCCAACUAUUACAAUGAAUCUUACACAGAUACAAAAAUUGGAAAUAAAACUGUGCAUAUUCAUCAGGAAAUCAGUAAGGCAACUGAUAAUAAAACUGGAUCUGCUAGCUAUUCUGAAACUGUUAUGACAUCAGUACAAGAAGGGGAGAGUAAGAGAAAUCAUGAGUGCAUUAUUGAUGAGGACUGUGAGACUGGAAAAUAUUGUGAGUUCUCUGGUUUUGAGUACAAAUGUUAUGUCUGCAAAACCCAACACACAUAUUGCUCUCGAGAUGAUGAGUGCUGUGGAAAUCAGCUCUGUGUCUGGGGUGAAUGCAUGAAAGCUGCUGCAAAAGGAACAAAUGGAACAAUUUGUGAAAACCAGCGUGACUGUAAUUCUGGAAUGUGUUGUGCAUUUACAAAAGACCUUUUGUUUCCUGUGUGUACCCCAUUACCUGGAGAGGGAGAAUCUUGCCAUGACCCUUCAAAUAGACUCCUCAACUUAAUUACAUGGGAGCUGGAACCAGAUGGAGCACUGGACCGCUGCCCCUGUGCACAUGGAUUGACUUGUAAGAUGCAGAGCUACAGCAGCGAUUCUCUCUGUGAGCUAUCCUUUAAUAAGACCCAGAACAAGGGUGCUGAGGAACCUUUGCUAGUAGAUGAAAUAUCAUUACUGGAAUUUAUAACACAAGAUAUUCCUGGUGACUAUGAAGAGACACUGAUUAACCAAAUGCAGGAAGCCUUAGAGAAAGAAGUAUUGGUUCCCAAAGAAUUGGAUGUAGCCGGUAAUAGACUUUUUGAAGACAAAAUGUAAUUAAUUGGUCACAAAUGCUUGUAGAAAAGUUUUUCUAUACCAAAUUAAACUAUUUCUGUUGGA